AUGGCCUCCUUCAAGGAAUUGUCCCUCUCUCGCCCUCUUCCUCAAUCCAACUCCCGUCACCACUCACACUCCAUCUCGCUCGGUGCGGUCAACGCCAAUCAUCGGGUGACUCGUCGCAAGAGUGUCACCACUGCUGCUGCUGCUAAUGCGGCCGCUGCUGCGGUCGCUGCAUCCUUGAAAGAAUCGGGCGAUUCCAUGGGAAUUCCGAUGCCCGCACACCGCCGUGGGAGUCGAAAGGGCUGGGAGUCUAGCUCGGUCGGAGCCCCCUCCGGCUUCGGCUCUUAUCUGUCUCGCAGUAUGAACAGCCCCAGCCAGGAACCCCCGGUCGCUCGCAAAACCUCCCCUUCCCAGACCACCCCCGUCGUACCCCCCGCAACCAUCUCCGAAAACGCCGCGCCAGAUUCCUCGGAUCCCAGUGACCCAGCGGCCAAGCCCGUCACCACCAAGAACCGCAACCGCCGGGCCAGCGAAGGUGCCCACCUGGUCAAACCCGAGGGAAAGCGAUCCAUGGCCGAGCUUCGCUGCGAGCGUUGCGGGAAAGGGUAUAAGCAUGGCAGCUGCUUGUCCAAGCAUAUGUGUGUAUCCUCCCCCUAUGCCAUCCGGCCAUCGGGCUCGGUCCGGAGCAAAUGCGCCAUGUCGGCUCUGUCCCAGGUCGCCUUCGUGGUCAUUCCGCUCCCUCCAACUCUCUUCUCCUCCUGGUGGGAACAUGACCCUGCGUGGGCCAUCACUUCGAAACUUUUGAUCUCCAAGCACCAACAGGUGCAAUUGCUGGAAGCCGCCUCUGUGCUGGUUACGAUGACUCAGGAGGAUUCCGAUGAGAACGCCGAAGCCGACUCGGAGAUCUCGGCCUCCUCACCGGACGCAUCGUCGGAGCUUCGAGAGGGUCUCAGUUCCGCGGAGACGACCCCGCCUCCAAUGGACGAGGACGAGGACGACGAUGAAGACAUGGCCAUGGAACCCACGGCCGACAAGCGAUUCAGCGUUAGCAAUGCUUCGGGUCUCUUCUCUCACUCAUAUCAGUCCGGCCCCUCAAGCUCGUUCACGAGCAGCGCUCCCUGGGCAUCUCCAGCCUUUUCUCACAUGCGGCACUCGAGCAUUGACACCCGCCCUUCCACUGCGGAAGCCAAGUUGCACGAGGACGACGAGGCUGAUCUGGCAGCCGCGAUCGGUCUCUGCAAUUUUGGCACCCCUCGCAUGGGGCCGGUGCCGCUGUCUCCUAGCGUGCCUCCAGUGCCUUCCCUCCCGACUCGAUUCCUCGACCAACGCAGUCCCUCGGACAGCGAAAGCCACAGCUUGGACCAGUCCAACGCAGGCCUUGCCAACUCGGCCUUCUCGAACACCACUUCCAACCUCUUCCUCUCUCUUUCUUAUAACCCGUCGCUGUCUUACAAGGUCUCCGAUGAGCGCGAAGUCCGAACGGGUGGUGCUGCAACCGACCGUGCCAAGCGACAAACCCGCAACGCCGACGUCGAUUUCAGCAGUCGGCCAGCCCAGGCGGACGACGACGACGAUGGUAUCUUCGGCCGAAUGGAAGAAUAG